AUCAGAGUGCAGCGCUGGGUAAACGUCAUCAGAGAGCGUCGACAGCACUGGGGAAGCGGAUUUCUUAGAAACGGUUGUGCGGGGAUAGAAGCGGUCUUGGGAUGUCUCUGGCAGACGAGCUCUUGGCUGAUCUUGAGGAGGCGGCGGAAGAAGAGGAAGGAGGAAGCUAUGGAGAAGAAGAGGAGGAGCCAACAAUUGAGGAUGUACAGGAGGACACACAGCUGGAUCUUUCUGGGGAUUCGGUCAAGAGCAUUGCCAAACUAUGGGACAGCAAGAUGUUUGCUGAAAUCAUGAUGAAGAUUGAAGAAUAUAUCAGCAAGCAAGCCAAAGCCUCAGAAGUGAUGGGACCAGUGGAGGCAGCUCCUGAGUACCGAGUCAUUGUGGAUGCCAACAACCUGACUGUGGAGAUUGAGAACGAGCUGAACAUCAUCCACAAGUUUAUCCGGGAUAAGUACUCGAAGAGAUUCCCUGAACUGGAGUCCUUGGUCCCCAACGCACUGGAUUACAUCCGUACUGUCAAGGAGCUCGGCAACAGCCUGGACAAAUGCAAGAACAACGAAAACCUGCAGCAGAUCCUGACCAAUGCCACCAUCAUGGUCGUCAGCGUCACUGCCUCCACCACCCAGGGGCAGCAGCUCUCAGAUGAGGAGUUGGAGCGACUGGAGGAGGCCUGUGACAUGGCGCUGGAGCUGAACGCCUCCAAGCACCGCAUCUACGAGUAUGUGGAGUCCCGGAUGUCUUUCAUUGCGCCCAACCUGUCCAUCAUCAUUGGAGCAUCCACAGCUGCCAAGAUCAUGGGUGUGGCCGGCGGCCUGACCAACCUCUCCAAGAUGCCUGCCUGCAACAUCAUGCUGCUUGGGGCCCAGCGCAAGACACUGUCUGGCUUCUCAUCGACCUCAGUGCUGCCCCACACUGGCUACAUCUACCACAGUGACAUCGUGCAGUCCCUGCCCCCGGAUCUCCGGCGGAAAGCAGCCCGGCUGGUGGCCGCCAAGUGCACGCUGGCAGCCCGAGUGGACAGCUUCCAUGAGAGCACAGAGGGGAAGGUGGGCUACGAACUGAAGGAUGAGAUUGAGCGAAAGUUCGACAAGUGGCAGGAGCCACCGCCUGUGAAGCAGGUGAAGCCGCUGCCUGCUCCCCUCGACGGGCAGCGGAAGAAGCGAGGGGGCCGCAGGUACCGCAAGAUGAAGGAGCGGCUGGGGCUGACAGAGAUCCGGAAACAAGCCAACCGCAUGAGCUUCGGAGAGAUUGAGGAGGACGCCUACCAAGAGGACCUGGGCUUUAGCCUGGGCCACCUGGGCAAGUCAGGUAGUGGGCGUGUACGGCAGACACAAGUGAAUGAGGCCACAAAAGCCAGGAUCUCUAAGACACUGCAGCGGACCCUGCAGAAGCAGAGUGUGGUGUAUGGCGGGAAGUCCACCAUCCGUGACCGCUCCUCAGGGACAGCCUCCAGUGUGGCCUUCACCCCACUCCAGGGUCUGGAGAUCGUGAACCCACAAGCAGCUGAGAAGAAGGUGGCAGAGGCCAACCAGAAGUACUUCUCUAGCAUGGCAGAGUUCCUCAAGGUCAAGGGCGAGAAGAACGGCACCAUGUCCACCUGAAGGGGGCCUGCACCCCAGGUCGCUAUCCACCGGAGAGACACGGCGGACUUGUGCUUCUGAUGUGAUGGACAUCCAGCCAGGAGGCUGUGGUGGAGGCUCCCUGCCCUGCUCUGCCCUUGGCUCAAGGCCACAGCAUCCAAAGAGGAGGGUGAAGAGCCUGGGCGGCAUCCCCAGAACCCAGACCACUGUUGGCCCAUGGGGGCAGAGCAGGUUUUCAUCACACUGUCCUGACUGUAACAGGGAAGGAGAUGCUGUUUUAGAAAGAGUACAAUUAAAAGCACAGCAUCAGGCUCUGCC